GAGAGCCCUUUCCGGAGCCACCUCCCCCUCCUCUCCUCUUCUUGCUCCUCUCUGUCUCCCUCAUCCGUCUUUACCCCCGGUGUCUCCUCCACCUCCUCCCUCACGCUCAGCUUGCAAGUCGAGGGCGAAAACUUUUUCGGCAGCGGCGAGGAUGGAGAGCUCCCGAGGACGAGUGGCCACAGACAGUCUGAAAACAGGAGAAGAAGAGAUACUGUUCUGUGUGGCGUGGUUGACGGGUAUGGAGGGGAGGGACUGCGACGAGGGCCAAGCCAAGUGUACACAAAGCCAAAAGCACUCCCACCGCAACCAGACCCACCUAUGUUCGUGCAAAAACCAUUCGCCACAGCGCUAAGAGCAUCCGCCCGUUGUGCCGCCAGACAGACAAGAGCCGGCUACGCCGUGACCAGCUACAGAGGAUUCGCCUCAACGAGAUGCUUCCUCAAUUCCGAGAAGGCUGCCGGCAAGGAGACGGCGGCAGAGGAGGCCAAGGAGCUUGUCGAGAUGAAGGAUCUGUACGUGAGAUCGAUUGCCGACUUCCGGAACUUGCAGGAGACGACUAAGCGGGAGAUUCAGAAGGCCAAGGACUUUGCGCUCCAGAAGUUUGCCAAGGACCUGAUCGAGUCGAUCGACAACUUCGGCCAUGCGCUCUCUGCCGUCAAGGAGGACUCUGUCAAGGCGAACGACGAGAUCAAGCAGCUCUACGACGGUGUCAAGCUCACCAGAGACGUCUUCGAGAAGACCCUCACCAGACACGGCAUGAAGAAGAUCGACCCGAUGGACGAGGAGUUCGACCCCAACAAGCACGAGGCCACCUUCCAGGCUCCGAACCAGGAAAAGGAGCCAGGCACCGUCUUCUUCGUGCAGCAGCCGGGCUACGAGUUGAACGGCAGAGUCUUGAGAGCCGCCAAGGUCGGCAUUGUCAAGGCCAAGGAUUGAGCAGCCUCUGCACCGUAAUGACGUUUAAUGACUCUGUUAGAUAGAAAGAUACCGCGUGUGUGUCACGUCUCCUGCACGUCGCCAGUAU